CUACACUUGUUAGUCCACACGGCGUGUCUAACGAAUGACUACGUUUGUUUUAUCGUGAUUAUCGAACCUUAUCGUGAAUCGUGAGAUCUCGUACUAUUAAUUAGUAAAUUCUGUGUUUUUUGUUCUGGAAAAUACUAAAAUUGACCUGUUUAAUGAAGUGAAGUGUGAAUGUUUGUAAACAAUAUUGUGUUUCCAAACGAAUCGAAAGUGGAAUAUCCUUGGCAAUAACAUACUGCGUUCGAUAUAUCGUGUUUAUUGUUGGGAUCGCUAAUUGCCAAGUGUGUUGAAUAUUCAAUACUCUUUGUGCCUUGUGUCUCAGACUCAAAGAUAGAAUUUAGUGUAUCUGUUUUGUGAAUCUCUGAUAUGCGUUUUCACGAGAUUAUGGCCAAUGGAUCCUCUGAUGCUGAAACCCCCGUGCCCAACGGGUCGUCCUAUGGAACGGGAGACAGAUACACAGCUGCACCGAACGAAAUCUUCGUCAACAGAUCACUCCACCUCGAAAAUGUUAAGUUCUAUGGAUUUGAUAUGGACUACACAUUAGCUGAGUACAAAUCCCCGCAGUACGAAACUUUAGGAUUUAAUUUGACCAAAGAAAGACUGGUACACAAGGGCUACCCCAAGGAAAUAUUAACGUUCGAAUAUGACCCAUCGUUCCCUGUCAGAGGGUUGUGGUUCGACACAUUAUAUGGUAACCUAUUAAAGGUAGACGCGUAUGGAAAUAUUUUAGUAUGUGUACAUGGAUUUGAAUUUUUAAAACACUCUCAAGUAUAUGAAUUAUACCCAAACAAGUUUUUAACAUUAGACGAAUCAAGAGUAUACGUGUUGAACACACUGUUCAACUUGCCUGAGACCUAUCUCAUAGCUUGCCUAAUAGACUUCUUUACAAACUCACCACAAUACACAAGAGAAAAGACUGGAGUAAGAUGCGGAGACUUGGCGAUGUCUUUCAAAUCGAUCUUUCAGGAUGUGCGAAAUGCCGUAGACUAUGUACACAUACACGGAGACCUCAAAUCCAAGACCAUAGAGAAUUUGGACUUGUACCUGAAGAAGGAUGAGAGGCUCCCCAUGUUCAUAUCCAGGAUACGAGAGAGCGGAUCUAAACUGUUCAUACUGACCAACAGCGAUUACAACUUCACAGACAAGAUUAUGAAUUAUCUGUUCGAUUUCCCACAUGGUGCCAAGCCCGGCGAGCCACACCGCAACUGGAAGUCAUACUUCGACUGGAUAGUGGUGGACGCCCGUAAGCCGCUGUUCUUUGGCGAGGGCACCACGCUGCGGCAGGUGGACACACGCACUGGGGCACUGAAAAUGGGACACCAUGUGGGGCCAUUGCACGAGGAGUUGGUGUACUCUGGGGGUUCAUGUGACGUGUUCACUGAGCUGAUCGGCGCGAAAGGCAAAGAUGUAUUAUACAUCGGAGACCACAUAUUCGGCGAUAUCCUCAAGUCGAAGAAGAUCGGCGGCUGGAGGACGUUCCUGAUCGUACCGGAGCUGGUGCAGGAGCUGCACGUGUGGACCGACAAGUGCCAGCUGUUCGCGCAGCUGCAGGACCUGGAUAUACAGCUGGGCGACAUGUACAAAGACCUAGACUCGAGCACGACGGAGAAGCCGGACAUCACGGCGCUGCGCACGGCGAUCCGCGACGUGACGCACAAGAUGGACCUAGCGUACGGCAUGCUCGGCUCGCUCUUCCGCUCCGGCUCGCGACAGACCUUCUUCUCCUCGCAGGUGGUGCGGUACGCGGACCUGUACGCGGCGUCGUUCCUCAACCUGAUGUACUACCCGUUCUGCUACAUGUUCCGCGCGCCCGCCAUGCUCAUGCCGCACGAGUCUACCGUCGCGCACGAGCAGCGGUUCACCGUCACAGCGCCUACUAUUGACAGGACUCGUCAGUCGAUGGUUCCCCGUACGCACAGUAUGCCAUGCGACGACUACUCCGACGAGACGCACACCGACGAGCCUGCCACUGACGACGACAAGGCGGGCGGUGUACCGCACGCUCGGCCGGAGACGCCGCGCCAACUGACGCACACGCACGACGACGACUGCUCCGACGACGACGAGCGUCCGCGACGAGCGUAGUCACGAGCACCCUUGGACAAUGACGGAUGAAACUCGGUCAAUUACGCGUUUUGCCGCCGAGCAGUAUGACGACGGUGACGUUGAUAAAAAGUGAUAUGAUUUAUCGAGCAUAUAACUUAUAGAGCAGUUAUAUUUUUUUGUAUGAAAAUUCCCAACAGUACGCUUCGCCGCUACCUGCGCUCUGAUUGGCCGAUUCUGUAGCGGGCGCGCAGCGAUUGGUGAGCUAUUGUUUCAGCAUGAACGUGAUUUAUAAUAUAUUAUGUAGGAGUUAUACAUAUAAUUACUGGUCAAUUGCAGACAAAUACGUCUUAUUAUGGUUAUAUGCUCGAUAGGAUACUUGCAGAUAUUUGCUAUACUACUAAUGUUUAUUAUCGAAAUGACAUAAUUAUGUCUACAUAAAGCACACAUUUAUAUUUUUUUUAUUUCUUGUAUAAUUGUUAUUUUUUAAUAAUUUUAUUUUGAAUUAUUUUUGUAGCCGUUAUGCUUUUGUAUCUUGUCGCAUUUGAGGCUGGUCACGUUUCCAUAGGUUAUAAUGCAAAUAAUUUUAUUAUUGUUUUGUAUAGCAACACUGUAUUUAUUAUUGUUAUGUUUAGGAAAAAACGUUUUAUA